UAAACUAUUACCGUUAUGUUAUAAACAUAAAAGAAAUAUAUAGUCUAGUGUUUACAUAUUUAUUCAUUAUUGUGUGUAGUCACAAAAUAAAGAAAAAAAAUAUGUUUAUUUUGUAACAAGCAAUCUUGUUACAAAAUAAUUAACGUCACAUUUUAAGAAUGACGCUAACUAUGACAAGAAAAGUUUGCGAGGUUCAAGCAGAAACCGUGCAGUUUAUGUCCCUAGAAAAAGCAGAAGAUGAACAUAGACAAGAUGGGGAUUACAGUUCAGGCUCCACUCUUCUUCGACGAGGCAAGAAGCUGGAAGACAACAAUAAUUUAACCAAAGAAGACAUAGAAUAUGUGAAAUACCGCCAGUUGCUCAAGUACGAACAGGCUCCAGAGUAUCUCCAGCAUAAUCCUUACAUAAGAGAUGGAUAUAGGAAGCUACUACCUACUAAACUAUGUUGGGAGAGUAUAUUCUGGUGGACUAACGAAACGAUGAACAUUUGGACUCACUUGUUCGGUUUCUUCCUGGUGUUCGGGCUGACGAUCAACGAUCUGGUCAUCAUCAACAUCCACGCCACCUUCACAGACAAAGUGGUUGCUGCUAUACUUCUCUCAUGUUUCAUGGUGUGCAUGGCGCUGUCAGCGCUGUACCACACGUUCUCAUGUUGCUCGGAGUGCGACUACAACACGUUCCUGAUGUACGACCUGUUCGGCAUAGCGCUGUCGCUGCUCGCCAUAUACACCUCCGGCGUGUACUACGCGUUCUGGUGCCACCAUGAGCUAAAGGCGUUCUACAUGGUAUCCGUAACGCUGAUCUUCGUGGUGGCGAUGACGCUGCAGAUCCCGCGGCUGAACGUGCCGUACCUCGUGAAGAUGUGCGUGUUCAUCGGCUGGGCGGCGUACGGGGUGCUGCCCACGCUGCAUUGGUGCUACGCCAUGGGCGGCUUCGAGAACCCCAUGGUGCAGAUGUUCUUUCCUCGAGUGAUAAUGAUGUACGUUAUAAGCGGAACUGCAUUCAUCAUUUACGCAUUUAAGAUCCCGGAGCGCUGGUUCCCGGGCCGCGUGGACUACAUCGGGCACUCGCACCAGUGGUGGCACGUGCUGGUCCUGGCCGCGCUCUACUACUGGCACAACUCCGGCAUGAUGUACGUGCAGUACCGCAUGAACCACGGCUGCGCCAACACCAUGCGGAUAUUCUGAACUGAACACUAUACAACUUCUACAAACAUUUACUAUUACACACAUGGUCAACAUUAUAUGCUCUCUUUAUCUCUCUCUCUCUCUCUCUGCUAGUUUCACAGUCUCAGGGAACAUAAUACUAGUUCUGCCCUGCUCAUCGUAUGUGCAGUACUUGCAUGAAAAACAUCGGUUAAAUAAAGAACGUAUUCAAAGAGAACAAGAUAAACAAUUACAUGACAUUUCAAGUGCGAUUACUGCAGAUCUGCUGCUGAUGUUGUUAGCCAGGCAGAGUUGUACUUACAUUAUUCUUAUGAAUUGAUUUUUUUCUUGUGUGGGCUGUGAUCGUAUUAUAGCCCGAUCACUUACAUGUAUUUGUCAUUUUUGAUAUUACUCGGUAGUUAAUUUAAACUUGCAAUUAAUGUAGCUUUUAAACUUCUGCAUCUCCUUCUCAUGGUCACCAGAUAUGCAGAUACUUGUAAAUUCGUACGCAAGUGUGACAGGGAGGCAACACGUCGAACGUGGUUCGCGGUAGGCCCUAAGGAAUUUCCAAGUAAAUCGCGUUUGGUGAAUUUACGAUCAAUGGUGAUAGUGUUUAUGUCAGUACAUUCGUAUUCUCUUAAAUUAAAUCUAUCUGCAACUAGUGGUUGUUAGAUGAUGAUAAUCCGACGCGAUAAGAACCGCCGACGCAGUCUGAUAAAGUCUUUGGUCUUAUAGCCAAUGGACAAGCUUACUUAUAAAUAUUUAAAUUUACUAGGUCCUUAGGUAACGUAUUUAUGAGGGCAAUAUUAUCGAUAAAAUAGAAAUAAAAUAAAAUUAAAUGCUCAAGUAAAAUAUUUUAAACAUUCCAUGGGACAUUCCUGAGGAAAAUCCUGAGAACUUUGUGAUUUUAAGUGUACUUAAAAGUUAUAACACGUAAGUGUAUACUGGUGCUGUUAUAAUUGGAUUUGAUUAGUAGGUAUGUAUGAAUCUUUUACUUGGUUUAGAUUUAAAUCACGUCAUAAUUGUUUACGAGAUAAAAUGGUUUUUACUUUCAGAAGUCCAUAUGCAAAUACCUAUGAUUAGUUUUUUUUACUGUAUGUUUUCGUUAUCUGUGAUUGUCCUGUUUUGGUAUUAUUUAUUUUCUUAGUAGGCAAUUAUUGUUAUUUUGGAAUGGGGUUAUCAUAAAUUAGUUUAUAGAUACGUAAUAAAAUAUACAAAAUG